UCGUCAAAUCAUUUCAUAUCUUCCGAAAUCGUUUCAACGAUGGCUUCAUCAAUUUCAGUACAGAGCCCAUUAUUGUCUUGUAAAUUCCAGUCUUCUUAUUUCCAAUCUUCUACAGAAUCUUAUUUUCUCGAAAAUAGCUGCAAAAAUGAGAGCUCUGCGAAGUUCAAGACUGGGAAAAGGAAAAUUUUCGGAGUGGUGAUGCGGCAAACAGUGCAAGGGCCUUCAGCUGCUUAUGCCAAGGAAAUCGAGAGAUUAUCUGCUAAAGAAUCUCUGCUUCUUGCUUUCAAAGAUGCUGGAGGCUUUGAGGCACUGGUUACUGGAAAAACGAAGACUUUGCAAAGCAUUGACGUGAACGAGAGAAUUGUUAGCCUUGAGCGGCUGAAUCCUACGCCUAGGCCAACAACGUCUCCUUAUUUGGAAGGCAAAUGGAAUUUCGAGUGGUUUGGAUCGGGAAGCUCAGGACUCGUUGCUGCUAGGUCUUUGUUUGAGAGGUUCCCUCCGGAGCUGGCAAAUUUGUCGAGACUUGAUGUGGUGAUCAAGGAUUUGUAUGCGAAAAAUUCAGCAAGUUUGAAAUUCCUAAAUUCGAUAGAAAGCAAGUUUAUAAUCUCGAGCAAGUUAACUGUGGAGGGUCCGCUUCGGAUGAAGCAGGAAUUCCUUGAAGGAUUGUUAGAGUCCCCAAAAGUUAAUGAAGAAUCUAUUCCUCAGCAGCUAAGAGGCGCUCUUGCCCAGGCUACGAACGCUGCCCAACAGCUUCCUGCUCUUAUUAGGGAUACUGUGUCUGGUGGAUUAAGGAUUCCUCUCGGUGGAUCUUUCGAGAGAUUCUUCAUGAUCUCGUAUCUUGAUGAUGAAAUCCUGAUAAUACGGGAUGCUGGUGGAGUUCCCGAAGUUCUCACAAGAUUGGAUCCUGGUCCAUCGCCAUUGGCUGAGCCAACAACCGAAUACGAGAGUUGAAAUGAAGAAGCCUCAACUGUUGCUGUAUUUUAUGUACACUACAAACUCCGACAGUUGCACCCUAACGACAUAACAAGAAUGAACGAAGCUCAAGCGACGUCUGCUUCCCUCUCUCGUCUCGUUUCCUUGCUGAUGUAAAUGAUGAAGUGAGCACCAUGUACACUUGCCCAUUUGUUGACAUUAAGUUAAAACCUUUUUGUAACACACAUUAGUUCAAAUGUUGAUUUUACUUUUUUUUUUA